AUGGCUUCGCUACUCCACUAUGUGCCCCUCACAAUCGUUGCGAGUCGGUUGCGCCUGUAUAGCAACGGCAUCGGGAACGAGAGAUCAUUUUUGUUUUUGCGGCUUGCUGAUAUAAAUUUCUUCUCUCGCAAAAUAAACGGGUUAGUGGAGUUGCAGACGUUAAUGAGUAAGAUGACACUAGAACUUUGCUGCUCGACGGUGCUCCCGGACUUCGGCAUUCGAUGGAGGGAUGUAGCCCGGGCUGUUCGCAACGCAAGAUUGCCUAUGACGCCGCCCAAUAUUGCUAGAGUUGUUUGCAAAGGUGUUGCGAAAAACCUUCCAGCUGAAGAAGUGGACGAUAUUAUAUCCAGGUUGCGUCUAAAACUGGUGGCAACACAGAAUCGCGUGUGGCACGUCAUCAAUUUGCUCGAGCCGCUGAGUGAGGAGCAAGUAGAGCCUGCAGAGCUGCUGGAACGGCUGACGCAGGCACUGAGCAAUGCUCGCGUCGGCAAGAAUAUGACUCCCGAGGUCCAAACGGUCCAGCUAGGCGAGCUGGUGUUCGCCAGUGUGCAGCUUACUUCAAACACCAGGUCCAGUGCUCCGUUGUAUCUAGCAACACCCCCAGGAACCCCAGUGGCCCUAACUAGUUCUGCACGUUCUGGAGGGUUGUUGAAGGCCUGUGUACAAGGGCUGGGCUACAACGCUUUCGAGUACGCGAACCUGUACGGGCGGGACAUCACUUCGCUGCUUCGCGUCCACGCUGGCUGGGGCGAGAACGUGGACAAUUGGUCGGAGGCGCCCGAGUACGCUCCCGUACCGGUCGUGACCGAAACCGGUAUCGACUACACCAACAGGGAGUACGACGAGCGGUACGUGGAGACCGUCCUGGGGCCCAACCCGCCCCACCUCACGGACCUGUGCGUGACGAGCGCCAGGCCGUUCUUCGACCCGACGAGGCUCAACAAGCCUAUGAACCUGACCCUGCAGCUGAAGAGCGAAGACGUGGCGCGGACUCUCAAGUUGUGGGUGCAGAAGGGCGCGAUAGCCCCCACCUCCAGCUUGUUCAACGUGUUCAAGAUGAAAUCGAACAGGAUAGAUUUAGCGGCGGACGAAAACGAUGAACUCUCUCCU